ACGAACAGUUGGUGAAGUUCAGAGGGAAAUGCCGAUUCAAAAUGUACAAUUUUUGUCGGAAAUUUCCCUGUUUUAUGUUUUGUGUCACACUGCAGUUUCAAGCAUGGCGCCACCAUGAGACAGACCUCGCAGGUCUUCAUCCAGAAAAUGUGCUCCAAGCAGGCCUAAACAUGGAAUCCUGUCUCCUGAUGAAAUUCUCCAAGCCCUUGAUGAUUCAGACUUUGACUUUGCAUCUGAUGAGUCAGAUGAUGAUAUCAACUUAUCAGCAGUUACUGGCGUUUUUGAUGAUGACUCAGAUGCAGACCCAGACUAGUCCCCCAGCGAUGUUUAUGAUGGUGAAGAUGAAUCCGAGACUCUGCCAGCAUUAUUUGAUGAGGUGAGUGAGUUGAACUCUAUUAAUCCAUAUUAAGUUGUUCCACAUGUGUAACUUCCUUCUUAUUUGUCAGUCUUUAGAAACAUUUUUGUUUCUUGUUUGUUCAGGUGAACCAGCCUUCUGUAGUUGAACCAUCUCUACAAGUGCCACCUCCACCAGUAGCAUCUACCUCUACCAGCAGUGAGAGAUCAAAUAAAGAAUUGCAGACUUCAAGGAGAGUGCUUAAAUGGAAGACUGGUGAACUAAAUGAACAAUAUAAAGCUGCUGAAAGUGAAU